AUGGCCAGAAUGAGGGCAAAGAGCUCUGAUGAUGAAAUCAGCCUCGACUGGGAAGCAAGACUCUUGACGCCCGUCAAUUGGAGAGGACGCGCCUUCCACCACGAAACAAUGAAUUUUUUUGGCAGCACCACGGCCUACCCCGUCACAAGGGUUCCGCUAAAAGAGGUGAUGGAUGCUGCUGAAGACUUGCAUCUUCUAGCCCACUUGGCCAGCUCCAUCAAUGCCAUGGUCGAAGCCGUAGACGAGGACUUUGUCGCCACGCAAACGGCCCUUAUGUGCGCCUGUCCGGAUUUACGAUUCCUAUGCACCAACAUCUGCCUGGAGCACCCGACAGGCUUUAGCGUCGAUUCCUGGAGGACCAUCGGAGUGGACCUCACAUGGGAUAUUUCAGGGGUCCCGACGACAAUGGCAGAUGUUGUGCGCCCAGUCAACGCUACUACUAGGGAGGACCUCAAAGUCGCCCUGCAGUUGGGUUCUCAGGCCUACUAA